AGGUGACACACUGCAAGACUUUAUCAAGCAGCCUAGAAUAAUCAUCUCUUCAUCUCCAGUUCGGUUCUGACUACUAUUGCAUUAGAUUGAAAUCUCCAUCUGAGUGGGAUAGAAGGAAGAGGUUUAGAAGGUGUCAACAAACAUCUCAACAUGUGAUAGAAGACAUUUGAAAAUGAGUUGAGAUGGAGGGUAAGAAUCAAACAACAUUGAAUGAGUUUGUCCUUGUUGGCUUUCCAUACCCCAAUAGUCUGAAGGAACCUUUAUUUAUCUUCUUCCUACUCAUCUAUUUAAUGACACUCUUUGGCAAUCUUCUGAUCCUGUUGGUUGUGCUAUCUAAUCCCCAACUCCACAAGCCCAUGUACUGGUUCCUCUGCCAUUUGUCCUUUCUGGACAUGACAGUUUCCACUGUGAUUGUUCCAAAGGUCAUUGUUGGAUUUUUAGAAGGUGGGAGGAUCAUAUCCUUUGGAGGUUGUAUAUGUCAACUCUUCUUCUUCCAUUUUUUGGGUUGUACAGAAUGCUUCCUUUAUACACUGAUGGCUUAUGAUCGAUUUCUGGCUAUUUGCAAACCACUCCACUAUGGCAACCUCAUGAACCAUAGGACAUGUCUUUUCCUGGCCAUGGGCACCUGGAUUGGAGGAUGCCUUCACUCCGUGAUGGAGACAGCCCUUGUUUUUCGCUUGCCAUUUGGUCAGGAAAACAAGGUCAACUAUAUCUUCUGUGAUAUCCCCGCUGUGUUGAAGCUGGUCUCUGCUGACACAACACUUAAUGAGAUUGUAACCAUGGUGGAUGUUGGGCUGGUGGCCACCACAUGCUUCCUUCUGAUUUUGACUUCCUACAUGUACAUUGUCUCCACAAUUCUGAAGAUCCGCAGUGUCCAAGGUCGUAAACGGGCUUUCUCUACCUGUACUGCUCACAUAACCAUAGUGGUGACCUACUAUGUGCCUCUUGUCUUCAUCUACCUGAGACCAGGAUCUCAGGAUCCACUAGAUGGAGUGAUGGCUGUCUUCUACACUUCACUGACUCCACUUUUGAAUCCCAUUAUCUAUACAUUGAGGAACCAGGACAUAAAAUGUGCCCUUGUCAACUUGUCUAGGAGAUCAUCCUAAACUGGUUCCAUGAAUACUCCUGUAAUCUGGUAGAAUGAAUCUCCUGCUGG